AUGAACCCCACGUGCACAUCACAGAGAAAGCUCAGGGCGGCUACACAGUCCCUGCUGAGCAGUGCCAGUUGUGGCUCAGCCCACACCCUCAGGCACAGUGGCAAUGACCUGACGGUGACGGGGAUCUCCCUGGCAACCCGGUUUUCAGCGCUCUGCGUGGACCUGCCCUUGCUGGGGGAAGGGGGGGUGGAGAGCGAGGUGGAGGCCGGCUUCAGGAAGCCUUGCGUCUUCGCCACGGUCAAGCCCUGCAACCUCGAGCAGGAGAAGACCAAGUUCUUCCUGUCCGACUUCACCUACAACCCGCACUUUGAGUACAGCCACCCAGUCUCCUCAGCCAUGCUGGAGCGCUACAACACGGCCUCCAAUCGCUUCCUCACACAGGCGGUGCGGAUCUUGGAGCAGGCCCUGCGUAGGUACAGCAGCUAUGAGAAGUUUGAGCUGGCCACCGGGGGGAGCCUUCUCCCCAAAAACAGAAUCAAGAGUUAUGUCAAGAAGUACAUGGAGAAGGAGGGUUGUGUGGGAGAGGUGGUAGUGCACCUGUCAGAGGACCUCCUCUCCAGGGCAUCCAUGACAGUGAUGAGCACCCGCUCCAUUCUGACCAUCAAUGUCUCCACCGCCCGCGAGUUCUGGCUGGAGGGCUUGCUGCGGCACGAGAUCGGCACCCACUACUUCCGGGGGAUGAACAACGGGCAGCAGCCGUGGGCGAACGCGUCGGCGCGGCACGCUCUGAACCUGCGCCCCCCCAAUCCCACGGAGGAGGGCCUGGCCAGCCUGCACAGCGUGCUUCACCGCAAGGACCCCACGCUGUGGCGUGCCGCCCUGCUGUACUACACCGUGCACCAGGCCAGCCGGCUCGCCUUCGCCGACCUCUUCCAGGACCUCCAGCGCUUCGUCAGCGACCCCAACACCCGCUGGGACUACUGCAUCCGGGCCAAGAGGGGCCAGGCGUACACCGGCCAGCCCGGCUGCUUCAGCAAGGACCAGGUGUACCUGGAUGGGGUUAUGAAGCUGCUGCGCUACAGAGAGACCAUCGACUUCCAGCUGCUCAUGUCGCUGGGGAAGGUGUCAUACGAGGACGUGGACCGGCUGAGGGACUUGGCGGUGUUGGCACACACUCGAUUACCUCACUUCCUGCGGGAUCGGGACCGCUACGCCCGUCACCUGCGGCGCAUCAUGGAGGUGAACCAGCUGAGCGACGGAGAGCUGCAGGCGCUCAUCUGAGCGUGCUCAGAACGGCUCGUGCGCGAAGCUGGCGUUCCCGUGCGGUCCGGUACCCCCGCCGGGGGAGAACUGCGGCCGCAUUCAGCGUGAGACCCAAACCCGGACUGUCCCGGCCCCAAGGCCCUCGUGGGUGUGUGCUAUUUAAGAGAGGGAGUGUGUGUGUGUGUGUGUGCGUGUGUGUUAUAAUUACCACUGCACCAGUUUCUUGCCGUAUAAUUAAAUAGUCCUCUUGAUUCCCCUGUUAUUCAGAAUUCUGUAGGCCAGUG